CUGCCGAAAGCCGAUUCGGAAUCGGACUCGGAGUCCGAAACUGUGACACGCGCGGAUGGAAAACACAAGUCGCAUCCUCCUCCGCUGUUGAUAAUGGGAAGCAAUCCUCCCGAGCACGGGACCAAGCCGAGAUCCACCAGACACCGCCACAACCACCGAGUGGUGCGCAAGCAGCCGCCGCGACCCGCCAGCGACCGACACAACAUCUACAUCACCAGCAAGACAGACUUUAAGUCACAGCAGCGCCGUUGCGAGGAGCUGCUCAACGCCGGCGCCCGGGAAAUCUUCCUGCAUUGCAUGGGCUUCUCGGUCACCCGCGGCCUCAAUCUCGCUCUACGCCUCGUCCACAACUCAGAAGGUGCGCUCAGCUACGCCAUCAAUACCUCCACCGUGCAGCUGGUGGACGAAUUGCAUCCGCUGUGCGAUGACGAAGACGUAACCUUCCGCCAGCGCAACAACUCGGCUCUGCACAUCAAGGUUUUCAACCGCAGCCUUUUCGACAUCGUCGUGCCACAGCCGUCGCAGUCCCAAUCCCAGGCCCAGUUCCGCGGCAAACCAAAGGCCAGGCAGUAG